GCCUCAUAGGAAAGGACGCUUGGACCACAUCAUCUUCCAACUACCUAGUCCUAUUACCUAGUCACAUUUUUGAGGUAAAUCAAUUUAAUUCUUCAGCUUUCAGCCCUGAACAAACUGGAUUUCUUCAACGACGCGUCGCGCCUUUGACCGGCCCCACAUUUAGCCCUUAUUACUCAAUAGUAAGGGGAAAAAAGCAAGAUCUUAUCUCCAAGUCUUUGAUAAAUCUCCAUCUUCAAAACUGUUGUAUCUACAUACGGAUCCGUAGACUUUUAGCGGUAUCACCGUCUACUGUACAAUGGAGUCGACUUCAACACCCCGCAUCUCCGCGGCCCUUAUGGAGUCGUAUAUUGGCCAGAAUGUCAUAAUCGUUGGCAAGGUUGCCCAACUCCUUGGUGACAUCGCUUUUCUUGAGGCUGAUGGACAAGUCAAAGCCAACCUCACCAGGGAUUGUCACCUCAUGGUUGGAAAUGGGGCGCAGAUUAUCGGCAAAGUAAAUCCGGAUAUGUCUAUCAAAGUGCUGAACGCCGUGGAUCUCGGCUCUAACGUUGGUAUGUAUUAUACUUUAUAUUACAUUUGCUUUCUUACUGUCUAUAAAAGUAUUGUCUCGUCUAGAAAUGGGUCUAGCCUACGGGCUUAUGAGCAAACGGAGCUUACAAUAAGGUCUUGCUCAACUCAUUUUGCCAUCUAAUAUAUCACCACACCAUUAUUUUAUCUUACGGAUUCUAUUCUAUAAUUUAUUAUCCUGAC